AUGGAUUCAGAGAAAGUACCAAAAGCCACACUGCAAGAAAUCAUUCCCAAGGACUUUGAGGUUCUCAAAGUUUUGGGAGAAGGAGUCUACGGUAAAGUGCUAAAGUGCGUGAAAAGAGGCACCAAGAUGGAGGUGGCCAUUAAGAUACCGCACAACAAAGCCCAGAGACUGAAGGAGGAGAUGGCCACAGCUCUGGGAGUUAUGUGUGACUAUGGAAUCAUUCACACAGACAUUAAAACGGACAAUAUCAUGGUCAGUGAUCACACGAGUCAACAGCUCCAGUUCAAAUUGAUCGACUUUGGUCUGGCCAUGUACUUGGACUCAGUCAAACCAGGCACAACAGUGGCCUGUCUUCCCCUCAGAGCUCCUGAAGUGAUUUUAGGUCUGCGCUUUAACGCGGCCGUAGACAUGUGGUCUCUCGGAGUCACAGUUGUCGAGUUGAUGCUGAAGAAGCCUCUGUUUACGCCGAGCUGCGAGUUUGAGGCAUUGAAAGCCAUUGUCAAGGUCCUGGGCUCCUUGCCUCAAAGAAUGCUCAAUAAAAGCCAAGACACUCCGAAGUAUUUCCUUGUUGAUGUCAAUGGAUGGAGAUUAAGGAAGACAGAGGAUUACGAGAAAAGAUUUGGAUUACAUAAGUAUCAAAUUAAGAACUCGUAUUCAGAGAAAUUCUCUUCUCUUAGGCAGCUGCUAAAAAAGGACUACAAAAUGCAGAAUCCUCUGCAGACCGAAGAGCUGGACAGCUGCAUUGACCUGCUGAAAAAGAUGGUGGAUGUGGAUGAUGUGACACGGAUCACCCCAGGACAGAUCCACCUGCAUCCCUUUAUCUCCACGUGUUGGAAGAAGGCUCCAGAGUCCUGCUGUUCAAGCCUGGAAGCGGAGAACAAGCCUGAGCGGAAACAGCAAAGCUCCGAUAGUGACAGUGACUAUGAAUCAGAGUCUUUUGUGAGCUUGGACAUCCAGAUGCUUCUGCCCAGAGAGUUCUUCUUGAUCACCUGUCUUGGAGAGGGGAACUUUGGUCAAAUUGUCCUGUGCAACAAGAUGGACACGAAACAGUUGGCAUCGACUGCGUUAAAAGCCCUGAAGUUCAUGCAGAUCAUCGUCACAGAUCUGACCUUAGACACUAUUUGGCUCCGCACACGGGACCCUAUCAAAGUCAAACUGAUCGACUUCAGUUCUUCCAUUCACACGACGGCUGCCAAGAAGGGGAGGAUCUUACAGAAGCACGUAAACUGCAGAGCUCCUGAGGUCAUCCUAGGCCUUCCCUUGUCUGAGGCCAUCGAUGUGUGGUCGUUAGCAAACGUAACGGCAACCAUGUUACUCGGUUACAGCAUCUUCCCAGAGCAGAGCGAGUUUGAGACUGUGCGUCACUUCAGAACCAUGUUUUAA